GGAGUGGCGGUGGGGGCCGCCCUAUGUAAGGCCCUGGAAGCGACCAGGUUCAGCCCAUCCAGCAUCAGGACACCGCACGUCAGGAUUCGUGCCACUCCAGGGAUUGUCGGUGUCAAUUGUCCGAGUCAGAUCAGUCCGAUCCGAAGAAGAUUAUUUCGAGAAGGCAGCCUUCAAGAAACGACCUUCAUCCUGGCGAAGGACGCUGAUACUUGACAACUAUCGGUUGAGAAGAGAAAAACGAGGCGAAGAAAGACGGGGAAUAUACUAAAGGGAAGAUGAGAGUGAACGUGACAUUGGUUCUUGUGGUUUUUGCUCUAGGGUUCGUUGCAGCUAGAAGGAGAGUCAGAUCUACGACGGCAACGUUAGCGACGACGAAUCCGUCGGCAUCGCCCGUAGGUAGACAGUUUUCCUUCGAUGGACAACCUGAAGAAUUCGAAACCUCAUGGAACCACUUCGACAUCCAGAAAUUAAAAGCAAAAGCUUGGGCGAAGAACGACACGGGAAACAGAAUCACUCUCGGCAAGCAAUAUCCGGGACUUCCCAGCAAUCCAGGCGACUCAAAUGAACUUCCAAAUCCCAUUUCGCCACCGGUGCAACAACCACCACCGUACAAACCCCCGCCGGGCUGUCUAGGCAAGAGGGGUCAAUAUGCAAGCCCAACAAGUUGUGCCAGCUAUCUUAAUUGCUGGGAUGACGUGGUGAUUGAGCAGAUUUGUCCGGCCGGACUGCUCUUUAACGACAUCGCCGGUUAUUGCGACUUUGAGUACAACGUUAAAUGCGGUGAUCGACAGCCCGCCACGCCGAAACCACCAUUGCCGGCAGGAUCGAAGCUAUGCCCGGAUCCAAACGGACGUUAUAGAAGUUCGACCAACUGUUCGGAAUUCUUCGUAUGUGCCACGGGCAAACCCAUCAAAUUCUCUUGUCCUCCCAGCUUGGUCUACAGUGACAUAUUAAACGUCUGCGACUAUCAACACAAUGUGGACUGCAGAGGUACAGCCACGCCGAAACCACUGCAUCCUACGCAACCACAGCCGACUCAACCUCCACAGCCGUCUUCUACUUAUGUUCCUACCAAGCCGCCUACAUAUCCUUCUAAACCACCAACUAAUCCUCCACAACCUCCGACUUAUCAACCUCAACCACCAACUUAUCAGCCUCAACCACCGACUUAUCAGCCUCAACCACCGACUCAUCCGCCUCAAUCAUCGACUCAUUCACCUCAACCAUCGACUCAUCCGUCUCAACCACCAACCUAUCAGCCUCAACCACCAAUUUAUCAACCUCAACCACCGUCUUACCAGCCUCAACCACCGACUUAUUCUCCACAGCCUCCAACUUAUGCGCCACAACCACCAAAUCCCCCUAAACCACCGACUUAUCAGCCGCAGCCUUACCCGCCACUGCCCUCUGCAUACUCCGCGAAUCCUUGGUUGAAGGUCAAGACUGAUUCUUGGCAAGAUCUGGGGACUCAGCUGGAGAUUGACAAGGAGAUAGAGAAACAAGAAUCAGCUGACAGUCCAGCGUUGGAUAAUCAGUCUACGCAUAACGCGAUAGAAACGUCCACUCUGACGAAUCCGUGGACUCUCCAUCAAGUGAUACCACCCGAGCUAAUGAUAACUCCGUGUAAUAACGGCGACGUGCACAAACUCAAUGACGCCUGCACCAGCGUAAUAGUUUGCAAGAAUAACAAACCUCAGGUAGUAGCGUGUUCAAAGGGAUUCACAUAUGACAAACCAUCGGACUCCUGCAAGCCUUUCAGCAUUGCAAAGUGCUAAUCAAAGGGCACAAUUCACAACUCACGCUUUACACUAAGGACGCGCAUCGAUCAAACUUAAACAUCUUUAUUAAAUCAUCAUGUGUUAAUUAUCUCAUAUUUACCUAUGCGAUAAUAGACAAUUAAAAUUUUAAAUAAUAGUUAAAAAAUUACUAGUAAGCAAAUUUGAAAACAAUUUCUCGAAGAUAAGGGCUUAAGAUGAAAUGAAUGAGCAAGCAAGUAGAGAUAUAAGUCAUUAACGAUGUUUAGUAUUCUACUUUGCAAGUUUGUAUUCCUUAAUGUAUUAUCCGAAAAAGCGAAAGUUUUCGAAUUUGUAAAUAAAUAUAAGCUAAACCUUUCAUCUUUUCUAUA